CACAGACUCGGAGAGUGAGAGAGAGAGAGAGAGAGAGAGCGGGAGAGAGAGUUUGCAUCCGAAAAUGCAAGAGACGAAAGAAGCGAGCAGCAAGCCCAGAAAGGUCAACCUUUCAGAUCACAACUCCAUCAAGCACCUUCUCGACGAGUCCGUCUCCGAGAUUGUUACAAGUCGCGGAUAUGUGGAGGACACCAAGUUAAGUAACUUGAAAUUGUUAAUUGGAGCCAUUGUCAUAACUAUUGCUCUGUUUGCUCAGUUCUACAAGAAGAAAUUCCCUGAAAACCACAACUUCCUGAUUGGAUGCAUAAUAUCGUAUAUUGUCAUCAAUGGAGUACUACAGCUGAUUUCGUACGUGAAGGAGAAAAAUGCAAUAUUGUUUACUCAUCCUCUGGGAUCCUUUAGUACUGGUUUGGUGGUGUCUUCCAAAUUACCAAGGUUUUCUGAUUUGUACACUCUUACAAUAGCAAGUGCAGAUCCAAAAUCAAUUUCUGCAAAUAAAACGGUGGAAUUCACUAAGAGUGUUACUAAGUGGUUUACCAAGGAUGGAGUAUUGGUGGAAGGCCUGCUAUGGAAGGAAGUAGAUGGACUCAUAAACCAAUAUGCAAGAGAACCAAAGAAGAGCAGGUGAAGUGACAUUUUGCUUCGCGAGAGGAUUCGGUUCUCACACACAAAAACGAGCUCUAUUGUAUUGUGUGUAGUAUUUUAGAGUGAAUAUUUGGAAUUCUUAGAAAAACAAAAUGAAUGAACAUUUGAAUGUGUUGUCAUUCAGCGUGAUGUGUAUUAUAAGUUAUUACUAUAAAACCCAAUACACAAUUAACACAUCACGUACUUGGUAUUUAAUCAUUUCAACUCGAUCUCCAUGUUUGUGAUUAGUUAAUACUUUCUUUGGUCCUUUUGUAGCUGACCAGAUCA